GCCUCAGCACCCGGGGCCAAGCAAAUAUUUGUCGUUCUGGAUUAACCUGAGCUCCAGGCUGUCAUGGCGGCAGGAGAGCGACCUUGCAGCGUUUCUGUGGCCCACCCCAGUGUCGGCACCUCCAGAAUGUGGCAGAUCACAAGUCUCUUACUGGUGGCAGCCACCUGGGAAAUUUUGGGCACGCCACUUCCCACUGGCCCCCCAGCCCAGCGAGCUGCCCAUCUCCCCCCACCACCACCCCCAGGCUCCGUGUUCUCCAGCAGCCAGCGUGCCCACCAGGUGCUGCGGAUCCGGAAACGUGCCAACACCUUCCUGGAGGAGCUUCGCGAGGGCAACCUGGAGCGGGAGUGCGUGGAGGAGACCUGUGACCUGGAGGAGGCCCAGGAGAUUUUCAAAAAUGUCAAGGACACACUGGCUUUCUGGUACAAGUACGUCGACGAUGACCAGUGCGCUACGCUGCCUCCCGGACACCCGUGCGACAGACCCUGUUGCGGGCACGGCACGUGCGUCGACGGCCUCGGCGCCUUCCACUGCGACUGCGACGGCGGCUGGGAGGGCCGCUUCUGCGCCUUUGAGAUGAUCUUCUCCAACUGCUCCGUGGACAACGGCGGCUGCGCUCACUACUGCCUGCAGGCGGAGGGCGCGCGUCGCUGCAGCUGCGCCCCGGGCUACAAGCUGGCCGACGACUUGCGGGAGUGCCAGCCCGUAGUGAAGUUCCCCUGUGGAAGGGUGGCGAAGCCCACAGAGAAGAAGCGCCACAAGUUGAAACGUGAUGUAGGCCAAGUAGGCCAAGUCAACCUACCUACAGACCAGGUCGACUCACCUACAGACCAGGUGAGCCCACCUACAGGCCAAGUGGAUUUGCCUACAGGCCAGGUGGACUCAACUACAGACCAGGUCUACCCACCUACAAGCCAACUGGACUCACCUACAGACCAGGUUGACCCACCUGCAUACCAGGUUGACCCACCUACAGGCCAACUGGACUCACCUACAGGCCAGGUGGACUCACCUACAGACCAGGUGAACUCAACUACAGACCAGGUUGACUCACCUGCAGACCAGGUUGACCCACCUGCAUACCAGGUUGACCCACCUACAGGCCAACUGGACUCACCUACAGGCCAGGUGGACUCACCUACAGACCAGGUGAACUCAACUACAGACCAGGUCGACCCACCUACAGACCAGGUGGACUCACCUACAGGCCAGGUGGACUCACCUACAGACCAGGUGAACUCAACUACAGACCAGGUCGACCCACCUACAGACCAGGUGGACUCAACUACAGACCAGGUGGACUCACCUGCAGACCAGGUUGACCCACCUGCAGACCAGGUGGACCCACCUGCAGACCAGGUUGACCCACCUACAGGCCAACUGGACUCACCUACAGACGAGGUCAGGCGGCCUCCAGAUCAGCUGGACCAACUCGACCCGCGCCUUAACCCGCGCCUCAUCCAGGGGAAGCCGACCAAAUGGGGAGACAGCCCCUGGCAGGUGAUCCUGCUGGACUCGAAAAAGAAGCUGGCCUGCGGGGCGGUGCUCAUCCACACACACUGGGUGCUGACCGCCGCUCACUGCAUGGAGGACGGCAAGAAGCUCUUCGUCAGGCUGGGAGAGUACGACCUGCGGCGCUUUGAGAAGUGGGAGGUGAACGUGGACAUCAAGGAGGUGGUCAUCCACCCCAACUACAGCAGGAGCACCACGGACAACGACAUCGCGCUGCUGCACCUGGCCAAGCCCGCCACCCUCUCGCAGGCCAUUGUGCCCAUCUGCCUGCCGGACAGCGGCCUGGCGGAGCGCCAGCUCAUGCGCGUGGGCCAGAAGACCGUGGUGACCGGCUGGGGCUACCGCAGCGAGAACAAGAGGAACCGCACCCAGGUCCUCAACUUCAUCCAGAUUCCCGUGGCCCCGCGCAAUGAGUGCAUCCAGGCCAUGUACAACACGGUCUCGGAGAACAUGCUGUGCGCCGGCUUCCUCGGGGACCCGCGCGACGCCUGCGAGGGCGACAGCGGGGGCCCCAUGGUCGCCUCCUUCAGUGGCACCUGGUUCCUGGUGGGCCUGGUGAGCUGGGGCGAGGGCUGCGGGAACCCCCACAACUACGGCAUCUACACCAAAGUCAGCCACUACCUCGACUGGAUCCAGAGCUACAUCAGACACGACGAAGCUGCCCCCGAGAGCGGGCGCCUUGGCCUUGGCCCCUCCCGUGGCAGCAGGGCUGCCGGUGGGCACUAAAGGGGACAUUAAAAGGGGCCUGCCAUUCCGUCUGUCCUUCCACCCCUCUCCUGGGCUGUCCUGGAGAGAAGCAACAUUCCCUGAGCAUCUUCUGAUGUUUGCCUCGUGAACAGAAUCUCAUUUAACUCCCAGCAAGUCCUUGAGGUGGGGAGAGGCAGAGACAAGUUUUGUGGGGGGCUGAAGCUAAUAAAGUUUGGGGGGCUUUCUUUAUGAAAAGGAAUAAAAAAAUAUGAAUACAAAA